AUGGACGAUAAGGCCAGGUCCAAACCCAUGCGCAACAUCCUCGACCGACUCUUAACCAGCGGGCCCUUUGAGGCUAUUAUUUUUGGCGACAAAUGUAUCCUGGAUGAAGACGUCAGUACGUGGCCUGCCUGCGAUUUCUUCAUCUCCUUCUUCUCAAAGGGGUUUCCUCUUCGGAAGGCAAUCGAAUAUGUCAAACUGAGGACACCCUUUUGUGUGAACGAGGUCGAUAUGCAGACUGUCCUCUGGGACCGACGACUGGUACUGGAGAUUAUGGAAAAGAUCGGAGUGCCUACGCCGAAGCGACUGACCAUGGACCGUGAUGGUGGACCUCAGUUGGAUGAAAGAGUCCUUCAGAAACUGCAGCUGCGAGGCGUGAGUGUGUUGCAACGCCGCCCUGUUCCAGAAUUUAAGAUCAUUGACCAGGACACCAUCCAAAUCGGCGACCAGACAAUAACAAAACCAUUCGUCGAGAAGCCUGUCUCGGGAGAGGACCACAACAUCCAUAUCUACUAUCACUCCUCAACUGGGGGUGGGGCGAGGCGGCUCUUCCGCAAGGUCGCCAACAAAUCGAGCGAGUACGAUCCAGAUUUGAACAUGCCUAGAAUAGAUGGAUCUUACAUUUAUGAAGAAUUCAUGGAUGUCGACAAUGCCGAGGAUAUCAAGGUCUACACCAUUGGAGAUCAAUUUGUCCAUGCGGAGACGCGAAAGUCUCCAGUUGUCGAUGGGUAUGUCCGCAGAAACACAGAUGGGAAGGAGAUUCGCUACGUUGCUCAGCUCACACCGGAGGAGAAGGAGAUGGCAGCCGGGAUCUGUAAAGUGUUUGGUCAGCGCGUCUGUGGAUUCGAUCUGUUGCGUGUCGGUGGCAAAUCCUACGUGAUCGAUGUCAACGGCUGGUCUUUUGUCAAGGGCAACAACUAUUACUACAACAAUUGCGCCAAUAUUCUCCAGAGUGUCUUUCUGCGCAACGCGCGCCAGCGCAGGCUGUCCGAAGUUGUCUUCCCGAGGGAGCUCAGUGCUGAGAAUUCAUGGAGGCUGAAGGCAUUCGUCUCUGUAUUCCGACAUGCCGACCGGACACCGAAGCAAAAGAUGAAGUUCACAUUCAGUUCGGCACCAUUUAGGGAGCUACUUAACGGCGGUGGCGAAGAGGUUAUUAUUCGGCAUGCGAGAGACCUGAGACUGGUGUCGGCAGCAGCCGAACAGGCCAUGGAGGAAGAACUCGAGGACAGCAGUAAAUUGAUGUUGCUCAAGAACAUCCUGGACAAAAAGUCGAGCUUACCAGGCACCAAGGUCCAAGUCAAACCCACUAUUACCAAGGACGAUGAAGGCAACUCAAAGUCUGUCAAGCUCCAGAUUAUCGUUAAAUGGGGCGGAGAGUUUACACAUGCGGCGAAGUAUCAGUCCAGAGACCUGGGAGAUAACCUUCGCAAGGACCUGCUGAUCAUGAACAAACAUGUCUUGGACGAUGUGCAGAUUUUCACUUCCUCGGAGCGACGCGUUCGCGCCACGGCAGAGCUCUUCACUCAGCGCUUCCUCGAUAUCCGCGAGGUCCCCAAGGACAUGCUGCAGAUCCGCAAGGAGAUGCUUGACGACAGUAAUGCCGCCAAGGAAAAGACCGAUGCAGUCAAGAAGGAGCUCUACGACCUACUUCAGCCAAAUCACGCUGAGGAGAUAAGGAACAUAUGGCCUAAGAAUACGGCCGACCCAGGAGAGCUGGUUCAGGACAUCAUCGUCGCCAUGAGAAAAUUGCGCGAGACAAUGAGGAAGAACUUUAAGCUGCUCGACAUCGACUCCAUACAAAAGUCGUGGUGCUGCUACGAGAGUCCCUCUCUUUUCUAUGAGCGAUGGGAAAAGAUCUUUGGCGAAUUUGCGGACGGUGACCGAAAGGACUUUGAUCCAUCUAAGGUUUCGGAGCUGUACGACUCACUUAAGUACGAUGCGUUGCACAACCGGACGUUCAUGGAGUGUAUCUUUGUGGAUGGAGAUUCAGGCGAGGGGUUGGGUCCUAUCAAGGACCUUUACGCUAAAGCCAAGAUCCUAUUCGACUUUGUGGCUCCCCUCGAAUAUGGUAUCAGCGAGGAGGAUCGUUUGGAGAUUGGCCUGCUAACAAGCAUGCCGUUGAUCAAGCAGAUUGUCGAGGACCUGGAGUCGUGCAAGCGCCCAGAUGCUGCACCUUGCACCAAACUGUAUUUCACUAAAGAAUCCCAUGUCCACACACUACUCAAUAUUGUCUAUCUCUCUGGCAUCCCCACCAGACUGAGGAAGAGCAAGAUUCCAGAGCUGGAUUAUUUGACCCAGAUUACGUUUGAGUUGUACGAACGAAGUGGCCCUGCUGCGCCCAACAGCAGAUCGGCUUCUCCUUUCGACUCACCUAUACCCGGUGAAUUUCCUCAGCCGCCUCAGUCGCCUGAGUAUUCUCUUCGCAUCGGGUUCUCACCAGGAGCUGGCAACCCCAAUAUCCUUGAUCUGCAGAUGGAUUCGAAGCACUGCCUUUCGGUGAUGCAGCGUCGCAACCUAACAGAUCAUCUGCCACUUGAUGAUGCGCUGCAAUACUACAAGACCCAGGUCGAGAAACCCAACCGAAUGCUUGGCCACAAGCUUGUCGUGAACGAGAGUGAGGAAGACGCGAUUGAGGACGAAGCGCCCCUGAUGAUCGUAGGAUCUCCUCCUGUAUGA